AUGGUCUCUGGCGCUCAGCUCGGCCGAGGGAGGUUUAUUAGUGCAGAUGUGGUUCCCGAGGAGAAGAGCCUUCACUCAAACACCUUGAGCAGUGCUUGCAUUGUGCCCCUUAUCUCCAUUCCCUUCCUGAAGGUGGAAGUGUCCCUGCUCAUUCUUUCUUUCUCUCUGCCAGUGGAAGUUGCCACCAAGGCUAAUCCCUGGGAUGGGAAGACGCUGAAGCCUGAAAGUGUGCGAUCGCAGCUGGAAACAUCCCUGGAGAGGCUGAAGAGGACGAGCGUGGAGCUCUUCUACCUCCAUGCUCCUGACCAUGGGACCCCAGUGGAGGAGACCCUGCGUGCCUGCAAUGAGCUGCACAAAGAAGGAAAGUUUAAAGAACUCGGUCUAUCAAACUACGCAGCAUGGGAGGUCGCAGAAAUCUGCACCAUCUGCAAAUACAACAACUGGUUGAUGCCAACGGUGUACCAGGGUAUGUACAAUGCGGUCACUCGCCAGGUGGAAGCCGAGCUGUUCCCUUGCCUGAGAUACUACGGGUUGCGGUUCUACGCCUACAAUCCGCUGGCAGGAGGGCUGCUGACCGGCAAGUACAAGUAUGAAGACAAAGACACACACCAGCCCACUGGAAGGUUUUUUGGGAAUGACUGGGCUCAAGCCUACAGGGACAGGUACUGGAAAAAACACAAUUUUGAAGGAAUUGUCUUAGUAGAAAGAGCUCUGAAAGACGCUUACGGUUCCAACGCACCAAGCCUGACCUCUGCUGCUUUGCGCUGGUUGUACAAUCACUCCAAACUGCAGGGUUCUCUCGGAGACGCAGUGAUCAUCGGGAUGUCCAACUUGGAGCAGCUAGAGCAGAACCUUGACUAUAGUGAAGAGGGUCCCCUGCUUCCAGCCGUCGUGGAGGCGUUUGAUAAAGCCUGGAACCUGACUGCACACGACUGUCCCAACUAUUUCCGCUAGACACUAGGGUAGGGACAAGAAAGCAGGUGGACAAUGGAGCAGGAGUCUCUCGAAGCACGGGAGAGGUACUUACCCACCCUGCCCCUUUGAUCGACGUCUAAACGUGUUGAUUUUUCCCUGUCUUAAAGAAGCUAUGUAGGAUCCACUACACCACUGUCCGCACUUGUCGUGUGGGGCCUUAUUCUUUCUCCCCUCCUGGACCUUCAGCUCUAUGCAGUGCGUGCUAUGAUUUAAAGAUAGUUAAUUGGGGAAAAUGGACAGGUAACCGGAUGAAGACCCCUGUUCUGCUUUAAUAUGAUCUUAAAUAAUUACGUACAAGAAUAAAACCUUUUUCUAACACAGACCCCACCUCUCAAUCGUACCUCUAACCUGGCUGGCACGUCCUUAUCGGCGCUCAGUGACUUUGAGCUAAAAAGCUUCUUCUGAAGCUUUUAUCGGGAGGUAAGAACAGACCCGCAGCCCGCUCCCCUGUAUCAGGUGUGCCACCUCAAAGCCGCAUUACCUAGCUUUUUCAUGUUUGAGGUGGUGUUUCCUCAGAUCCCGGGG